UGUCACGGGCUUUAUGAAUAUGGGACCCCUCUUCCUCUCCGCCCGCGUGUGCGUGGAUCUCACACUUGAGCGGUUGCGCUGCGCCACGCUGCUGAUGGAUCAUUCUCCUUCAGCGAGCCUCUCUGGGUAGAUAGAUGCACGGUGCGGCUUUGGUACUUGUGGAAAGGGGAUCCGUGCGCGGGAGCGUGUUCGCGUCCGUCUGAAUAUGCACUUCUAGAACAAAGAGCUGAAGGUAGAAGGACGAGGAGAAGAAGAGGAAGAGGGAGGCGGGAACGGGCUCGCGUCUGCCUCAAAUCAAGGGUUUUAAGCAGAGGGCUCAUCAGUGGCAGACUGCUCAGCAUUUUUUGCGCUCCCUUUGAGGAUUUGAUGGAUAUCUGAUCAGUGGAUGUGAUGCCCAUAUAUAUUAUCGACCGAAAAUUUCCUGACAUAUCUGGUGAGUUGAUACAGCCGGCUGGUGAAAGAGGAGACCUGAGAAUGACAGAGACCAAUACUCCAAAAUCGGCAAAGAAGCCCCGUUGGACCUCUCUGGAAAUCGGCCUCAUUACUAUCGUCUCUCUGCUGUUCAUCAUCAUUGUUGCCCUCGUCAUCCUGUUUGCCACCCAGAAGACUGAUGAAAUCUGCACCACAGCUGACUGCACACAGUCAGCAUCUCGCCUCAUUGAGAACAUGGAUGCUACCGUGGAUCCUUGUGACAACUUCUACCAAUAUGCCUGUGGAGGAUGGCUGAAAAAGAACAUCAUCCCAGAGACCAGCUCCAGAUACAGCACGUUUGACAUAUUACGGGACGACUUGGAGGUCAUCCUCAAAGGUGUCCUUGAAAAGACGGUGGAGAGGGAGGCUGCUGCUCUCACCAAGGCAAAGACCCUUUACAAGUCCUGCACAAAUGAGAGCUUAAUAGAGCUGAGAGGAGGAUCUCCUUUGCUCGACAUGCUGCCAGACAUCUUUGAGUGGCCCAUGGCUGUGGACAACUGGGAGGAUAAUUAUGGGAAAACCUGGAGGUUAGAGGAUGUCAUUGCCAGGUUAAAUUGGAAAUAUGGAACUCAACUUCUGGUCAACUUUUUCGUUGGCACCGAUGACAGAGACUCCACUUCCUACAUCAUUCAUUUUGACCAGCAAACAACCCUUGGCCUCUUGUCCAGAGAUUACUAUGUCUGCGAGGGUCCCUAUGCAGAGGCAUGUCGAGCUUACGAGCAGUUCAUGUUUGACCUGGCUAAGCUGAUUCGCUCUGACCGGGGACUGGAAAUCAACGAAACCCACAUAAGAGAAGAGGUGACACGAAUUGUGGAUUUGGAGAGGGACAUCGCCAAUGCCACUGACACGCCGGAAGAUCGGAACAACCCAGUGUUGCUUUACAACAAGAUGGAGCUUGGGGAGCUGAACAGAAACUUCACUCUUGAAAUUGACUCUCAGAUAUUCAACUGGAGUUACUUCACAGCUAAGAUAAUGGACACCGUGAACAUCAGCAUUCCUGAAUCAGAGAAAAUCAUCAACUACUCCCCCAACUAUUACAGAAGACUCAACUUUGUAUUAGCCAAAUACACCAAGAGAGACCUGCAAAACUACAUGGUUUGGCGGUUUGCUAUGACCAUGGUAGUAGGGCUGAGCCGAGCUUACAGAGACACCAGGAAAGCUUUCCGCAAGGCUCUGUCUGGUACGACGUCAGAGGUGGCCGUUUGGCGACAGUGUGCACUGUAUGUCAACAACAACCUGGACAAAGCUGUGGGACGGCUCUAUGUGCAGGAGGCUUUCUCUGAGAAGAGCAAAGAGCUGAUGGAGGAGAUGAUUAAAGAUAUUCGGGAAGUUUUCAUUAGUAACCUUGAUGACCUCUCCUGGAUGGAUGAAGAGACCAAAAAAGCAGCUGAGGAGAAGGCCCGAGCUAUCCGUGAACGCAUUGGUUAUUCUGAAGACAUCAUGAAUGACAAAUAUCUAAACAAUGAGUACAAAGAUUUGAGCUACAGUGGAGAGGAGUACUUUGAAAACAUCCUGCAGAACCUGGAGUAUGUGCAGAAGAAACGCCUGCGGAGACUUCGAGUCAAAGUCAACAAGGAUGAGUGGGUAACUGGAGCUGCUGUUGUCAACGCCUUCUACUCAGCCAGCAAAAACCAAAUAGUGUUUCCUGCUGGUAUACUUCAACCCCCUUUCUUUAACAAAGGCCAGCCUAAAUCUCUCAACUACGGUGGAAUUGGCAUGGUAAUCGGUCAUGAGAUUACACAUGGCUUUGAUGACAAUGGUCGCAACUAUGACAAGGACGGUGAUCUGAAGGAAUGGUGGACUCCUGAAUCUAUUCACAGAUUCCUGGAACUCUCAAAGUGCAUCGUUGACCAGUACAGCAAUUUUUCUUGGGACCUCGCUAAUGGUCUACAUUUGAAUGGCAACAACACCCUCGGCGAGAACAUAGCUGACAAUGGAGGGAUCCGACAGGCAUACCAGGCAUACAAGAACUUUGUUAAGCAGCACGGAGAGGAGCCCCCACUGCCUGGGAUUGACCUUUCACAUGAUCAACUCUUCUUUCUUAACUUUGCUCAGGUAAUCACUCAAACAAAACAGGAAAAAUAGGAAUUAAGGUGUAAU